GCGCGUUUGUUGUGUGUGUGUUUUUUUUUUUUCCUCUCUCGACUGGUCUGCAGUUAUUUGGCGCUUUGGUUCGCAGUGUGCGUUUAAUAUGCGAGUGACGAGUAUCUCGGUGCGGAGUGAGAUACAACAGAUACAUAGAGAGGCGGAAAAGAGGGGAACACGAGUAUGUAUAUAGCCUCGUCGCUUCUCGCCCUCCUCGCGACGACUGAUGCUUUUCGCGUAUUAUAGUAACAGCUUCGACUCCGCGGGAUGAUGAUACCGUUAUGGUGAUGCAGAGCCGCCCUACACUUGGAUCCUUUGACAACCAAAGUUCCGCAAACAAACGUUAAGAUAACGAUGAUGAUUUUGUGAAAAUGUCGUUUGAAACGGAGGGUCUGAAAGGAGGUCUGCGUUUGCAAAGAUGGUUAAUAGGACUACUUAUCUUUUUAUUGGCGUCUUUGUUGGCGAUCAACAGCUUUACAAUCAGUCAAUUCCAAAUUGUUUCAUCCGGAAAUUCCACCUAUCAAGUCCGCUACGACGAACCGGAAGCCUCGACGCCAACCCCACUGACGCCCACGACUUUGUCAUCGAGAAGCCUGUCGCCCGAGCACACUGGCUACCUGGUGUAUAACAAAGGCUGCCGCAUCCCCGACCUCGACCCCUUCGAGCCGUCCGUAUCGCGCUACAUCGACAAAGCCACGCCGAUAAUUUGCGAACACGGCACCCACUUGCCCCUCGUCGAGUCGAACAACAGCGCGAUUUUCGUGAACCCGAAAGCUCGAGCCCACUUUUACAACGAGUCCGAGACCGUCGAUUGCUGCUGGCGCAGUCUCUGGCGCUCCCCGAACGGCGGCGACAAUAACUUUACGUAA